UCUGUCUGACGUGGGUUUGGUGAUGGUUUCGCUACUCCAGGACCAGUCCAAUAUUAAAUUUUCUCCUUCGGACACUCUGGAAAGGGACCAGCAGGACCUGAUGAAGGCACAGGGGGAUUCAAUAUCCCCAGUUCAGCAGAGUGAGAACCCCAGUUACAGCUGCCAGCCCUAUGAGCCAGACACCAGGACAGAAAGGACGAGCUCGGAAUCCUCUCCCAGCCCCAGCCCGGCUUCCCCACGCCAGGAGCCCACGCAGGGCAGGUUCCCCUCCAGCCAAGGAAUCCCUUGUGGCACCAACAAAUUCAGGGCAUCCUUCAGCACCGAGAAAUUCCGGCGCUGCAGCUACGAGGAGAACAACGCCGGCAGCUACGAGCGCUUCCUCAGGAGCAGCAGGAACCCCUUCCACCCCUACAAGAGGCAGCUGGGCGAGGAUGUCUUCCAGGAACCACAGCAGGCCCUGCCACCAGAAGCUUCUCCCUUCAAAAGCCACCAGAGCAUCGAUGGCUUUGAGGGGCUCCCGGGAUCUGCUGAGGAGCCAGAGGCGUUUCCCACCCACAUCCCAAAUAUCUCCUCGGAGCAGCCGUGGUGUACCAACCUCCAGUACAGCAGCACGGGGCAGGAGCACGGCUCUCAGCUCAUGCAGGAUUCAGACCUGAAGCUCAGGACAUCCCCUCUGGAAGGGCAGCCUGGUUUGUACUGCUACCAGCCCCAGGUGCAGCAGAUGUAUUGCUCCUCACACCCUUUCCAUCAGUACCCCUCAGGAGGCAGCUACCCCGUGACUUACAUCGCUUCCUCGCACUACCCCUACCAAAGGAUUGCUCCUCAAAGCAGCCAAGAAUCUCAGCAGCCUCUGUUCCCCAAACCCAUCUACUCCUACAGCAUCCUGAUCUUCAUGGCUCUCAAAAACAGCAAGACAGGGAGUUUGCCAGUCAGCGAGAUUUACAAUUUCAUGACGGAACAUUUCCCUUACUUUAAGACAGCUCCAGAUGGUUGGAAGAAUUCCGUGCGCCACAACUUAUCUUUGAACAAGUGCUUUGAGAAAGUUGAGAACAAGUCAGGGAAUUCUUCUCGAAAGGGCUGUUUGUGGGCUCUGAAUCCAGCCAAGAUUGACAAGAUGCAGGAGGAGCUUCAGAAAUGGAAGAGGAAAGACCCAGUUGCUGUGAGGAAGAGUAUGGCAAAGCCAGAAGAGCUUGACACCCUGAUAGGCGACAAGAGCGAGAAGCUGCGCUCCUCCCUGGCCUCCUGCAGCCCAACGGGCGCUGUGGGUUCCUCCCUCUCCAGGCAUAUGGCAGCGCAAUCCCAUUCCUUGUGCGAGCCCUCGCUCUCCUCGGGGGUCCCGCAGGGAUUCCACGGCAUCCACGCCCCGGCAGCUCUGCAGGCCAAGAGCCCCCUGCCCGCUUUGCUUGGGGGGCAGCAGCCCAGCUGCUACACAUCCCCCCAGGGCUUCCCCCAAAUCCCCACCGCGCUGCUGCAGCACACGCCCGACCCUCCGAGCCUGUUCUCUGCUGGGGAGGCUCAAAGCCAGCUCCGGACUCAGCCCAGCAUCCCUCAGGAUUCCCCAGUGCCGGCUCAGAGCCCCCCGAGCUGCGGGAUGAAGAUGCUGCCCGAGCAUUCCCCGGCCAGGACGGUGCAGGACACGCUGCUGCAGGAGGGAGACCUCAGCAAUGACAUCGAUGCUCUUAAUCCAUCCCUCACUGAUUUUGAUCUCCAAGGGAAUCUUUGGGAGGAGCUGAAAGACGACAGCCUGGCCGUGGAUCCCCUUGUCCUCAUUUCAUCAUCCCCGCAGUGUUUUCCCUCGCACUGCCAGCUGGAGAGCGGCGGGAGCGCGCCGGGGAGCGCGGCCGGGAGCGCGCACGGGAGCGCGCCGGAGCUGCAGCUCACCACGCUCUACUCCGCCUUCAUGGAGCUGGACACGGUGUCCCCCUCGUACCUGAGCAGCCCCGGCUCCAAACCCAUCGCCCUGAUGUGAAGCACAGCCCCAAAGCAUCGCCCUGACCAUCGCACACCGCCCCGCCUCAGCGAUGGCACGGGAAUGCCAAUUUUAUCUUUUUUUUUGUUUUUUUGUUUUUUUUUCCUCCAGAACUUGCCCGCAGGAUAUGUAGCUUUACUAUGAUGAUUUUCUACAGACAGAUAUAAAAAAAGAAAUAGAAAAAAAAA